AUGAAGACUGCGCAUGACAUCUAUUUCAAUGACUACAAUCUCAAGUUCACGCUUGAACAUUGCUGGAGGGAACUUCGGUUUGAUCAGAAGUGGAGGUCACACUCUCAGCCGAAGGAGAAAAGGAAGGAAGCUGGUGCGGAGGCGGUGCCUGAGGAGGAGGAAGAGGUUAGACCUCCUGGUGUUAAGGCUAGCAAAGCUGCUAAACGCAAGAAGCCAAAUGAAGCAGCUUAUGAUCAUAUACAUAGCAUCCUAGCUGAGAAAAACACCAUUUCCAGACAAAAGAUCCUUGAUCGUUUGCUAGCCAAAAACAUAGACACACUUUCUGAUAAUGAAGUGGCUCUCAAGAAUAAACUCAUCUCUGAAAUGCUUUGA